CACCGGCUUCACACGACCAAAAACGCUUCCAGAUUUUGCUGCUCUUAGCAGUCAACAGCAAGCAGGGAAACAUUCCGUAUUUCUCCCUUGUCUGCCCUCAUCUGUUACCACCGUCAGCGUUUGGUCUGACGAGUACUCGUCCACUAUGUCGCAACCUCUGGACUCAUAUCCUGCGCACCGUGAGGCGCAUGAGCAGCUAGAGCGGCUCUCGCUCGUGCUUCCUAGGAGGCUCCUCGGCGCGAGAUUCUCCACUAAAGCGCUGUGCGACGAAGGAGAUUAUAACCAGCAACAGAACGCGUCGUCGAUUCCGAUUGCCAGUCUCAUCAGGUCGCUCGGAGGAAGGCCGUCGGAAAAGGAUAUGCUAUCCGCGUUCGUCCAGCAGCUCAAGCCCGCUGCCGCCUACCAUCCGUCAACUUUUGACGGAAUCCGUCAGCCGCUGACGCUCCUGCUGACGUCCCGCGCUCUGUACCUCCUCGAGGUCACCAGCGAGGAGCGAAGCGGCUCGGAAGAAGACGAUGAGAUCGAUGCAAGGUCUGACGAAUACCCCGCCGCCUCUCCGACUACCGCUGCUGCAGUAUCUGCAGCUGCUGCCGCCCUAACUUCGGAAGUUGAAACAUUCGGGGAAGUUACUGACGCGGAUGUGACGACGAAUCAGAGGACGCAAAAGGGUGAGAAUGGCGGCGGAAUGGCUCCUGGUGGGGUCCCAGGCGACGAGGAGCCAGCGGCGCAGCCCGUUACUGGCACGUUACAGAGUAACACGUUACCAGCUAUGAACAGUACCUCGGCGAGGGUGAGAGGGAAGCUGCGGCAGUGCAUUCCGGUGCUGUCGGUGUCGAGGCUGCUGCUGUCGUCGAGCAACGGCAUGCUCUCCAUCGGCAUCGUGAAUGAGAGAGACGUCGUCCUGUGCACGCCACUCGCACCCACCAUCUGCCAGCUGGCGGCGUCCAUGUUCGCAGUGGAAGCAGCCAUGGCGGUCGAGAGGGCCCUGGCUCUUAACUCGGAGCGACCCCAGCUGCCAGCGUCGACGAGCAUCCACGUGGGAGUGGUGGAUCAGGAGGACCUGCUUGCUUCAGUCCGGACCAAAAUCAAGUCCAUCCGCCCCUUCUGGGCGGCAGCAUCGGCGCGGGUCUUCCCCUUCUCCGCGCCCACCUCCCCCCGUGCAGAAACGGUGGUGGGGGCGGGGUCAGGGGCAGAGACAGCAGAAGAUACAGCUGAAGCUGCACCUAAAGUAACUUCGAUGGGCACACGGAAUGACGUGGCAAUGCAGGAUGCUGACAGCAUCGCCAGCACCAUCAAUACUGACGUGGCACCACCUGUGGAGAUCACGGAUUUCAUCCCACUGAAGGUCCUCGGAAAGGGCAGCUUCGCCAAGGUCUUGCUGGUCCGCCAUGCGCCCAGCGGCCAGGUGUUUGCGAUGAAGGUGCUGGACAAGGCGGCAGUGAUGCGGCGGCAGCAGCUGCAGCACACGCUGACAGAGAGACACGUGCUGCAGGAGGUGCGCCACCCGUUUCUCGUCCCGCUGCGCUGGGCUCUGCAGUCGGAAACUCGGCUGUUUUUAAUUCUCGACUUCAUGCCGGGUGGCGAGCUCUUCUUCCACCUCAAGCGCGAGCGCCGCUUCAAGGAGGACCGCGCGCGCCUCUACGCCGCCGAGCUGCUGCUGGCGCUGGGUCAUCUCCACUCGCUGGGAGUCAUCUACCGCGACUUGAAGCCGGAAAAUAUUCUUCUAGACGCUCAAGGUCACGUUCGCAUCGCGGACUUCGGAUUGGCCAAGGAGCACAUCGCCGACAACUCAUCCGCCUCCACCUUCUGCGGAACACCAGAGUAUCUAGCUCCCGAGGUGCUGGGCGGAAAGGGGCACGGCAGGGCCGUGGACUGGUGGAGCCUUGGGAUUCUCCUCUUCGAGAUGGUGGUGGGCGUGCCGCCCUUCUACGACCGCAAUGUGAACAUAAUGUACAACAAGAUAGUGAAUGCGACUCUGGUCUUCCCCACCACCGUCACCAACUUCUACCUCCGCGACCUCAUCACCAAGCUGUUGAUUCGGGAGCCGGGCCUGAGGCUCGGAGCGGGCCCCACCGAUGCUGCGGAGAUCAUGAGGCACGAGUUCUUCAGAGGCGUUGACUGGGACAGGCUGUAUGCGAGGGAGGUGCCUCCCCCGUUUGUGCCCAGCAGCAAGGGCUUGGAGGACGUGUCAAACUUCGAUAAGAGCUUCACUGGUCUCCACGUCAGCGACCCCUUGGAGCCUCCCACCUCCACAGCACCGAAUGACAACCACAAUGGUGCAACGAAGCCCACCAAUGACACCGCUAAGCACACCCAGACCCAGGCUUCCACCAAUGAAAAGACUCCAGCUGGCACUGGCAACAAAUCACAGGACUGGAAGAGUGGGAUUGCAGGCGUUACAGGGUGCAGUGGGGGAGGGGGAGGGGGGAAGGCAGGGGGUAAUGGAGCAGGAGGGAAGGCAGGGGGGAGUGCGAAACCCAACCUGAAGAUCGAUACGCAUGCAGUGUUGGGAAUGGACCCGCUAGACAACUCCCUGUUUGAAGGGUUUGUGUUUAGCCCCACCAAGAAGAGCAGCGCAGCGGCAAGCCCUGGAGCUGCUAUGCUGUGAACAACGGGAUAAUUGCACUGGUGGUUACGCUUUAGGGUGUGAGGAGGAUGCUACGGACAACACACAAUAUGACUUCAUUCUUUUUUGGGUGCACAUUUCUGCCGAUUUACUGGCUUAGAUACUUUUUGAUAGUUAAUAAUAUACAUAACAGCAGCCAUUAUACCUGCAUGAUGUCAGUACUGUACAUGUGCAUAGCAUGGCAACACUUAUUUCGCAACAAAAAUACCAUCACUUU